AGAACUUUAGACAAAUAUCAAAACAUUUUGUGUGUACAGUUCUUGAACUAAUCAAAGCGAAAAUGUGUGUGAAACUACUUCUAAUUGUUUAUGUGUCGUCUGUUUUGGCCGAUACCGACACUACCAACUGCCGCACAAAUAAAUGUUAUCAAACUGUAAACAACUCGUACGAAAAUCUCUUGAAUUUAAUCAAACGAUUCAACGCCACUGUUUCCCAGGCGGAAAUCCCAACAAUUUAUGACUUACCAAAUCUCGAAAACGAUCUCGCAGAUCUAGAUGAUAUCAAAAGGAAAAUCCAAAGUGCUAAAACCGCACUAGAACUGGUUUCAAAUAGAGUAAACCGAACAGAAAAAAAUACAUCAAAGGAACAAAAAGUUGUCAACCAGCUACUAGAAACGUUAUCGAAUAUUUCUGACUAUGAAACUAAGGCCAAAAACAUUUUAACCGAAGCAAAAACACAACAAAAUGACCUAGAACGGUUACUAGAAUUAGGUGAAAAUGCUUCUAAAACGUGCCAACAAGCCAACGAUAAGUACACAGAAUUUAAAAAAAUUAUUGAUAACGCGAUUAAGGAUUACGACGACGUUUCUAAAAACUAUGACAACGUGACUAGAGAAGUGGAAAAGCUGAACAAAGAUGUGAACAACACGUUUCAAGAGACAAUCAAGACUAAAAAUAAGUUUGAAGAAUUGAAGAUUCCAACUAAUUUAGUUGAUAACUACCUUCUAGAACAAGAGCGCAAAUUUAAUGAAAGUAUCAGGUACCUGAAGAACAACAGCGAAACGUUGAAGAACUUGCUAAAAGGGGCACAGGACCGGUGGAACGAUCAGCUUGCGAAAAGAGCGACUGACGUUGCAAAAAAUAUUUCUCAAAUACAAGACGAUCUCAAUAAAAUGAACGAAGAGUUGAGGAAUUAUGAACGAGCGUUAAAUGAAACUGGUAGAUAUGGUCUAACCGUUAAUAAUGAAUCGAGGAACCUUUUAGAGAUGCUUAGAAACGAACUUGAGAAGCUUAGGAACCUUUUUGAUUCAGUUAAUUUUACGGACGAAGAAAGGGAGUUGCUUGACGAUAACAAGGAUGAUGAGAGAAAUAUAGCUGAUGUUAAACGAAGGAGGCUCUUGAUAAAAGAAUACAAUUUAAUACUGGACACUUUAAUCAAUGGAAUAAAUGUGAAAGAAAUUAGGAAGCAAAUUAAUACUUUAAAAACCACUAUUUCGUUAAUAGAACAGUGGAAAAGGCUUGAGAGUGAAUUAUUUAGGCUCAGAGCGAAUCGCGAUGCCAUUUUGAAAAUAAACUGUACUGUUUCAGAUGGUUCUACUAUUAUUACAUGAUCUCAGGAACCAUUUUUUCAUACCGUAGACAUUUUCUAGAUUCUCAAUAAAUAUAUAUAUUACACUCA